AUCUGUGUUAAACCAAUCCAUAGCAGCUAGAAUAAGCUAGAUAUUGUGGAGCAAAGGACGAGAGUUGAACGAAAGAGUAUUUUUCAGAUAUCUCAGUCAAGAUGUCUCAAAGAGGGCGAGGAACGCGUGGGCGAAGCAAACCACAACCGCUUUCAACUGAUCGAUCCGAUUCUUCGCGAUCUUCACAAGAUAAAACUAUUUCCUCACAGCAACAGCUUCCACAUUCUCAAUCCACAAGCAGUGGGCAGAUUCGUAGACCGGGACAACCUACAGAAUCUAUGAGUACUGGACGUGGUAUGGCACAACGCAUUGGUGAAAGGGGUGACAGCGCAACAAUUGGACAAAUAGGAAGAGGUCUAGAACACAUGACAUUGCAACAUGGCACUGCUAGUGGCGGUGGCGAUGCUAGUGUCAGCGCAGGUACUGUGGCUGUUUCAUCAACUGGGAGAGGAGCAGUUCGUGGCAAAAGAAUAUUGCUCACAGAUAUUCUUGUUACAAAACCCAGUCAUGUAGUGAACAAAAGGGUUCGUCUGGAUCCGCUAUGACGUUACAAUCCAAUUAUUUUAAACUGUUAAAAUCGACCGAUUGGGCUAUUCAUCAGUACCAUGUUUAUUUCGCACCUGAGGAAGAUCGUACGGCUGUGCGUAAAGGUUUACUCAAACUGCAUAAAAAGAAGAUUGGUGCGUACAUCUUUGACGGUUCUGUAAUGUACACGACCGCCCGAUUGGCUGAGAAAAUGACAUUUACUUCAAUUCGACAAUCGGACGAACAACCAAUAACAAUCACAGUUCGCCUCGUUGCUGAUAUGCUUGUAGGAGAUUACCAUUACAUCCAAUUCUUUAACAUAAUUAUGAGAAAGUGCUUUGAGCAUCUGGAUCUAAAAUUGAUUGGUCGUAAUUUUUUCGAUCCUCAAAAUAAGAUUGUUUUGCCGGAGUAUAAGUUAGAAUUGUGGCCAGGAUAUAUAACUUCCAUUCGUCAACAUGAGCGCGACAUCUUAAUGUGUUCUGAAAUCACGAACAAAGUUAUGCGAUUGGAAACAUUGCUGGACAUCUACCAUAACUGUAUGCGGGAAGAUAAUCAAAAUUGCAGAACAAAUUUCAUCAACUCUGUGGUCGGCACGGUAGUUCUCACUCAGUAUAACAAUAAUACAUAUCGUAUCGAGGACGUGGAUUUCUCAACGAAUCCUUGCGAUUCAUUUUCCAUGAAAAAUGGUGAAAAAGUAACAUACAUGCAGUACUACAAAAAGAAGUAUGGUAUCAAUCUUACGCACCGUCAGCCACCGUUGUUAAUAGCGAAAUCAAGAGUAAAGGGAUCUGCUGCAGAGGGGGAACGAAUCUACUUACUCCCCGAACUAUGCCGUGCGACAGGUAUGACUGAUAACAUGAGAGAAAAUUACAAGCUUAUGUCAUGCGUGGCCACAUACACUCGUCUGAAUCCUCAAAAUCGCAUACAAAAAUUACUGAGCUUCAAUAAAAGACUUCAAAGCACACCUAAUGUUGUAACGGAAUUUACUGAAUGGAACUUGCAAUUAGAUAACAAAUUGCUCGAUAUUCCCGGACGUUUGUUAAAUAAUGAGGUACUUACAUUUGGCGGAAAUGCAACUAUAACACCUAACAAAGGCGAUUGGUCAAGAGAGAUGCAAAAUAAGAGGUGUUUGGUCAGCAAGCCAUUAAAAGAUUGGAUCCUUAUCGUUACGGAGAGAGAUAAGAGUAUGAUUCAGAACUUUAUAUCUACUCUGACGAAAGUAUCGAGAGGAGUAGCAUUUGACGUGGAUAAUCCGACUAUAGAAAUUAUUCGCGAUGACAGACCGGGCACGUAUAAUGACACACUAGAGCGUAUUCUGAGCAAGAGAAUACCACAGUUAGUGUUUUGCGUAGUAUCAAACAAUCGCAGUGAUCGUUACUCUGCAAUUAAAAAGAAGUGCUACGUGGAUCGACCUGUAGCGUCGCAGGUCUGCUUGUCCAGGACUCUCUCGCACAAGAAUAUCAUGUCUAUCGCUACGAAGAUAGCUAUACAGAUGAAUUGUAAAUUGGGUGGAGCGCCAUGGCGCGUGGAGAUUCCCUUGGACGGAUUGAUGAUUGUCGGAUUUGACGUUUGUCACGAUACAAUGAAUAAAAGCAAAGAUUUCGGCGCCACAGUGGCUUCUUUGGAUAGAUACAUGACGAGAUACUACAGUACUGUAAACGCUCACACGACCGGCGACGAGCUAUCAACUGAGCUCGCUGUCAACAUCUCCAAGGCCGCGCGUGUGUACGGCACGUGCAACAAAACUCUGCCGUCACGCAUCCUGAUUUAUCGCGACGGCGUCGGCGAGGGUCAAGUGUCGCAGGUGUUGGAACGUGAAGUUGGGGCAAUACAGAAGGAGCUCAACACAUUGUACGGCGGUCCAAAUUACAAACUGGGAUUCAUAAUUGUGACGAAGCGACUGAACACGCGAUUAUUCCUGAAUUUUGAGAAUCCACCGCCCGGCACGGUGGUUGACGAUGUUAUCACAAGUCCGAUCCGAUACGAUUUCUUCAUUGUGUCGCAGCAAGUGCGACAGGGUACGGUAACACCUACCUCUUACAGCGUUAUUUUAGACAAUUUGGGUCUAGAUCCUGAUAAGAUGCAACGUCUGACAUAUAAAUUAACUCAUAUGUAUUACAAUUGUUCAAACACCGUUAGAGUGCCGGCGCCUUGUCACUAUGCUCAUAAGCUUGCAUUCCUGGUGAGUAGAUUCAUUCACCGAGUACCGGAUUCACGAUUGCAAAAUACUUUGUACUUUUUGUAAUCGGUCUAUUCUUAACAUUUUUUAUCACAUUUUUUACUUCAUAUUGCAUUUUCUUUCUUCAUUUUAUUAUAUAUUUCGUUUUUAUUGCAUUCCAAAGCAUUUACUUUGCAUUACUAUUUUAGUUUGUAAUAUUUAGUAUUAGGACAUCUCUAAGAACGGAAACGUGAAAAGUGAAAACUUUUAUGUGAAUGGAAUUGUCGAAUUCAUAAAGUUUUCACGUUUUUGCUCUUAAAGAAAAAUUAUAUGAUUGGUGUCCUGGACCGAACCAGAAAAACUGUUUUGGAAUCGAAACCGUUUCAUUUGAUCGUAGAUCAAACCGAAACUAACUGAACCAUAACCGGAUCGACCGAAUUGUUUCCGGUUUACGGGUUUUUUUUUCUUUUUUCAGUUUUUUUUUUUGUUCUGGGUUUCGGUCCGAGUUUAUUAUAGCAUAUAUUGCUAUAGUAUUGUUACAAUAUUAACACUGAGUUUUUACAAGAGAAAGCAUUUUAUUUACAUUUUGUUACACAAUAAAAAUUAUAUAUUAAGUAAUCAUAAGCAUUAAUAUAUCAUUAUCAUAGUAAUUCAUAUUAAUAACAUAUGGAACUUAAAAAUAAUUUAUGUUUCUUUUAAUAUCUAUCUUUGGUAAUCUUUUGGCAACAAUAAUAUCUGGUAACGUAAUCAAGUUUAUUUGGUUAUUAUUUCUAUUGUAAUUUAACAAAAAAAAAAAAAAA